UAACAUUGUAAUAUUAUGGUGACUAAUUUUAACGUAACAAUGUUCCGUGCUUACAUUCAGUAAGAAACAUCGGUGUAAAGUGCACGUGCCGGCGGAGUGCAGUGAAAAAUAUUACGAUUCAUGUAAAGAGAAAAGCUAGAAAUAUGUUAAUCAAUAGGUUAACCAUUUUUAUAAGUCUGUUGGUACUAAUAGCCAACAGUGAAGGUCUACGGGUAUUGGUCUUCUUUCCAAUGUUUUCAAAAAGUCACAGCAUUUUAGGACAAGGCGUCGUUAGUCGUUUACUGGAAGCUGGACAUGAGGUGGUUCACGUUACUUCAUAUCCUCGAAGUAAGCCAGAGCCGAGGUUAAAGGAAGUUGACGUUAGCAGUAUCGCGGAAAGGCUGCGUGAAGAAAUGAAACACAGUACUUCAGAUAAUCCAUUCGCACUCAGGAACUUGGUCGGCAAAGGCAAUAUUGGUGAUUCCGUUUUAUUCUUAUACUUUACAUACGACCUUCAUCGAAGAGUGCUCGAAGAAAAGCUUGUUGUGGAUCUAUUGAGUGAUACAAAGGAACAUUUCGAUGCUGUUGUUAUUGAGUGGUUCUUCAAUGAUGUUAUAGCUGGAAUCGCACCCCUUUUCAAAUGUCCGCUUAUUUGGUUUGGAUCAACAGAAGCUCAUUGGCAAGUUUUACAAAUAAUGGAUGAAAUUCCUAAUCCUGCUUACAAUGUUGAUAUUUUUUCGAUAAGCCGAUCUCCUCUUACGUUUUGGGAGAGGACCAUGGAAUUAUGGAUGAUCGUUAAAAAAUCACUGAUGAUGAACUUAGUAGUGGUCCCAUUCGAAAGGUCAUUAUACAAUAGCGUCUUUCCAUCAAUUGCCUCAAAGAGGGGAGUCACAGUACCUUCAUAUGACGAAGCUAUUUACAAUGGAUCACUUUUAUUCCUAAACUCACAUCCAUCAAUUGGUACACCGUUUAAAUUACCACAAAAUGCUAAAUAUAUUGCUGGUUACCAUAUAAACAAAGAUGUGAGUCCAUUACCAAAGAAUCUGCAAAUUUUAAUGGAUAAUGCAAAAGACGGUGUAAUUUACUUCAGCAUGGGAUCUAAUUUGCUAAGUUCUGAUAUGUCUGAAACAAUGAGAGAUUCUUUGCUUAAAAUUUUUGGCGAACUCAAACAGACUAUCAUAUGGAAGUUCGAAUCAGAUUUGCCAAAUGUUCCCUCGAAUGUUCAUCUUGUUAAAUGGGCACCUCAAGCAAGUAUUCUUUCACAUCCUAAUCUGAAGUUGUUCAUUACACAUGGUGGACAACUGUCGACCACGGAGGCUAUCCACUUUGGUGUACCGGUUGUGGGGAUUCCUGUAAUGGCUGAUCAACAUGUUAAUAUGAGAUCAGUUGAAAUCAAAGGCUUCGGACUUGUAGUCACACUUGCUGAAGAUAUGGCUCCUAGAGUUAAAAUCGCUAUUGAAGAAAUAUUAGAAAACCCAUCUUACAUGCAAAAAGCCAAAGAGGUAUCAGGCAUGUUCCAUGACCGAAUUCUUCCUCCGGGAAAGGAAUUGGUCCAUUGGGUGGAAUACGUAGUCCGUACGCGAGGUGCCAGUCAUCUUCGUUCACCAGCACUCGGUGUGCCUCUGUAUCAAAAGUUAUAUCUGGAUUUUAUCAUUGUACUGAUUACAAUAUUGUACUUAUUGGUUAAAAUUAUUAAUGUGCUUAGAAGAAAGUAUUCAGCUUCCAAACCUAAAAAAAUUAAAAAGAAUUAGUUACAAAUAAAUAUUAUUCAUGUUAUUAUAGUA